UCAAGAGUGCCAAUCCGGAAGUGACAGAUUGUUAAAACCCCCCACUCUUUCCAGGCGCCUCCUCCCCUCAACGCCGCCGCCUCCUCCCCCACGCCGGCGGCCGACGCCCAGGCCGCCGCAGCGCGGCCUCCUCCCCUCCACGCCGUUCGUCGGCCCCAGGACGCCUCCUCCUCCCCUCCCCGCCGGCGGUCGGCGCGCAGGACCCAGGUUCUUAUAUAGAAGUCUUUUAUCAUGGCCACUGAAGAGGAUGUGAAGCAGCGACAAAUUAUUGAAAGCCGUGCAAGAAAUAUUAGCCACAAUGUCCGAUGCACUGAGUGCGGCAGCCAGUCUAUUGAAGAUUCACAAGCCGAUGUAGCAAUUCUGCUUAGAAAGCUAAUUCGUGAUGAAAUUAAAUCUGGAAAGAGUGAUAAGGAGAUAUACAAAAAACUAGAAGAUGAGUUCGGAGAAACAGUUCUAUAUGCCCCUAAAUUUGAUCUUCAAACUGCUGCCAUAUGGUUAUCACCGGUGAUCGUGGGUGGCGUAGCAGCUGGCAUCUGGGCUUACCAAAAGCACAGGCAAAGGACCAAUGUUCACAUUAUGGCCCUGAACCUUGUCAGGGGAGUUCCGCUGACACCAAGGGAGAAGGAGACCAUGCUUGACAUUCUUACACCACCACCUCCUACAAAGAAAUGGUGGUGGCCAGGCAAAUAAUUUUCAUGUGUUGAAUGAAACAACUAACCAAAGUACUCUCCUAUGUAAUGGUGGCGUCACGCACUUCAUCAAGAUGGAUGAUUUUUACACA